CGUUGCCCAGCUUUUGGGGGAAAAAAAGUUGGGUAAUUUCGAGAGAAAUCAACCAUUUCCACUGAGAAAGUCAGAAGUCAAAUGAGAAUUUAUACUACUAUCAAGUCUUUGGCGCAUUUCGACGAACAAGUGAGAAACAAUGGAGUACACUUCCAAUUCCAUAACGGCGGAGAAAAACCAUAUGACUACAAGUCAUGAAUGCAAAUUUUUGAGCUGCUCAUUUUCUGCCUCACUGCGCCAAUCAACCAGAACACAAACACCAACAGUUACGAAGAAGUAUUGGAAGUGGGAUAUGGAUUAUUGGAGACUGAGUUUUCCGGGGUGCUAAAUGAACACCUCAAAGGCCUAUACAGAUGUACUUACUCUGAUAAAGGAGAGAAGAAGAAUAUGGCCGCUAGUCAAUUCGAAGCAGUAGACGCGCGUAGAUGUUUUCCGUGUUGGGAUGAACCUGCUCUCAAGGCCACCUUCGAGAUAACGUUGGAAAACAUUCCAUCCGAAUUGACAGCAUUGUCCAACAUGCCGGUUUCUGAGGAAAAAGUCCACGGGAAUCUCAAGACGGUUCACUUUGAAGAGUCGAUACUCAUGUCUACUCACUUAGUGGCUGUUGUAGUUGGUUUGUUCGACUAUGUUGAAGACACAACAGAAGAUGGAAUCAAAGUCAGGUCCUACUGUCCGGUAGGUAAAAUUGAUAAGGGAAAGUUCGCUCUAGAUAUUGCUAUCAAGACACUCAGUUUUUUCAAAAGGUAUUUCUCAACACCCUAUCCACUUCCAAAAUUGGAUAUGGUUGCAGUUCCCGAGUUUGCUGGUGGAGCCAUGGAGAAUUAUGGUUUAAUUACAUUCCGAGAGAGCGAGCUUCUUCUGGAUGCUUUGCAUUCCGCAGCAGCUAACAUACAGAGGCAAACAAUCGUCUUGGCUCAUGAAGUUGCUCAUCACUGGUUCGGUAACUUGGUGACAAUGGAAUGGUGGACUCAUUUAUGGCUUAAUGAGGGCUUUGCUACAUGGGUAAGUUAUUUGGUUACUGACAAACUAUUCCCUGAAUGGAACAUUUGGAAUCUAUUUCUUCAAGAAACGGAAGACAGCUUGCAAAUGGAUGCAUUGGAAAAAUCCCAUCCAAUUGAGGUUGAAAUACCUCAAGCUCGAGCAGUUCUUGAAUAUUUUGACGACAUAAGCUAUAGAAAAGGGUGCUCAGUUAUUAGGAUGUUAGAAAAUUUUCUUGGUGACGAGAUAUUCCAGAAGUCAUUGGCUUCGUACAUGAAGAAGUUCGGAUUCAGCAAUGCCAAGACAGAAGAUCUAUGGAAGGUUAUCUCCGAAACUUCAGGAGUCGAAGUCGACAAAAUCAUGAACAUGUGGACAAAGCAAAAGGGUUACCCUGUUAUAGCAGUAAAGCUGAAGGGUACUACUUGCGAAUUCGAACAGGCCCAUUUUUUGUCUUCAGCAUUGGAUUCUGAUGCUGAAUGGAUAGUUCCGGUGACACUUUGUGUGGCUUCAUACGAAAACCAAAUGAAAUUUCUUCUAGAAGCGAAAUAUGGGCAGCUGGACAUUGGAGACCUUGAAAAUGAUGAGGAGAAUUGGUGGAUCAAAACUAAUGUCCACCAAGCUGGUUUCUAUAGGGUGAAAUACGACGAAAGUCUUGAAGCUCAACUACGCAAAGCUAUAGCUAGCAAUUGCUUAUCAGCAUCAGACGAAAGAGGAAGCAACAAAUCGCCUCCGAGCAUUCUUAGAGGAUAAAACACCCCAUUACUUCCAGUUAACACCAGAAAGGCUGCUUACGUAGCAAUGAUGAGAAAUACGAGCAUUGCAGAUAAAACCGGGUUGAAGUGGCUACUAAAGCUGUACAAAGAAGUCGAUGCAGUUCAAGAAAAGACACGGAUUUUGCGCUGCGUCGGUUCUUCUCCCGACCCUGCUAUAGUUUCAGAAGUUCUCGACUUCGUGCUAUCAGAUGAGGUUCCUCAACAAGAUAUAAUCUAUGUUCUUUGGGUUAUAAGCUGGGAAGGCCGCGCCACAGCAUGGGCGUGGCUUAAGGAAAACUGGGAUCUGGAACGGAGAUGCUUCUUACUCAUUUCAUACGAGACAUUAUCACACCGUUCUGCAGCGAUGAUAUGGCGAACAAAGCUGAGGCGUUUUUCGGUGGGGACGACGCUCUUCCCUCCAUCGCACUGAAUCUGAAGCAAAACCUGGAAAAAGUGAGGAUCAAGGCAAGAUGGGUUGAACACAUAAAGGAGGAAACACAACUUCUUGUAGCAUUGGUGGAGAAAUUGGCUACCAAAAUAGUACUCCAUUUCUUUAAUUAUGAUGUGUUAUAGUAAUAUCCAUCGUUUACCAGUUACCACUUAAAUGGAGUAUUAAUAUUACUAGUACAACUUAUUAUGUAAUCUUGAAUAUUACUACUAUAUUUUAAGGAAUAUGUUCCACUUAUUAGUUCAA